CGCUUUCCAUUGCACUGAGACCUCAAAUAGGGAGCAGUUAUGUCAGAGAACGCAUUCAUCCUAGUUCUCUUCCUAGCCCUGCCAAUGGCUCAGCCCAGUUCGGUGAGCUUGAGCCGCCUCCAAUGUGAGAAGAACCCAAAGUAUUUCAGAACCCUGAACGUGACCUUCGCCAACAACACCAUCACGGCGGAUAUAUAUCUGGAACAGGGCCUUAAGACAGGCUUCCGGGGUCACAUAGAUGUCCAGCUACGGCUGACGAAUGCCAAAAAGUUUCAGAGCCUGGUCCAGACCGACACGGACUACUGUGAGCUGCUCUCGAGCCUUAAGGAAUCGCUUUUCCGACGCUGGAUCAAGAGCUUGGCCAAGAACAGCAACUUUAUGGAGAACUGUCCCAUUCCGCCCGGACCUUACUAUCUCAAGGGCUAUCAUGUGGAUAUGGGUCUGGUGCCCUCGUACCUCCUGAACGGUGAUUAUCGCCUUCGGGCUCUGGUCUACUACGGAAAGUAUCACACCAAGAGCCGGAUAUUCCUUAUCCAGUGCACUGUGGAGGCAUCAAUGCAAAAAAAUUAA